AUGAAUAGCAUACUUAUAAAAUGUGCCAACCGCACAUCAAUAAUCAAAGGUAGUGUCACCAACAUCAGAUACUUCACUACAUCUUCAUCAACAACUGUAAAGAAGGAUCUAGUUAUAAUUGGAGGUGGACCAGGUGGAUAUGUGGCUGGUAUUAAGGCAGGUCAACUUGGUAUGAGUGUGGCAGUUGUGGAGAAACGUGGCAAACUUGGUGGAACAUGUUCAAAUGUCGGUUGUAUACCUUCAAAGGCAUUGUUGAAUGCUACGCACAAGUAUGAAGAGGCCAAGACUAGAUUCCCAAGUCUAGGCAUCCGCGUGGAUAAUGUAGAUUUCGAUCUGGACGCCAUAAUGAAGUACAAAGACAAAACAGUCAAUGGCCUAACAAGUGGCGUCGAGGGCCUGCUCAAAAAGAACAAGGUCGACUAUCUCAAGGGUCAUGCCACGAUCACUGGCACAAACACGGUCAGCGUGGCACAGCUUGAUGGCACGACCAAAACAUUGGAGGCCAAGAACAUCAUCAUCGCCACAGGCUCAGAGAUUACAUCACUACCAAAUGUGACCAUUGACGAGGAGACCAUCGUGUCGUCGACGGGCGCGCUAUCACUUCGCGCGGUACCCAAACGUUUGGUUGUGAUUGGUGGCGGCGUGAUUGGAUUGGAGCUGGGCUCGGUCUGGUCACGACUGGGCGCACAGACCACAGUGAUCGAGUUCACUGAUCGCAUUGCCGCGGGUGCCGAUGGUGAGGUGGCCAAGAAGUUCCAACGCAUCCUCGAGAAGCAGCACAUCAAGUUUCACCUGGGGACCAAGGUCACGGCCGUGACGAAGCGUGAGUCAGGCGGCGCCACAGUGUCUGUUCAGGCGGUCGGCGAAUCAGGACUGACGGGCGAGCUCGAAGCCGAUGUAGUGCUAGUCUGUGUGGGCCGUCGUCCAAACACCGAUGGUCUGGGCGCAAAGGAGCUGGGUCUGGGCAUGGACAAGGCUGGCCGUGUGAUCAUUGGCGAGAACUUCCAGUCCAGCGUGCCAUCAAUCUAUGCGAUUGGCGAUGUGGUCCGUGGCCCCAUGCUGGCACACAAGGCCGAAGAGGAGGGUAUUGCCGUGGUGGAGCAUCUUCACAAUGGCACAGGACACGUCAAUUACUCGGCUAUACCAUCGGUAAUCUACACGCAUCCAGAGGUGGCAUGGGUGGGCCGCACCGAAGAGGAGCUCGAACAACAGGGCGUACAGUAUCGCGUUGGAAACUUCCCAUUCUUGGCCAACUCUCGUGCCAAGACCAAUGCCAGCACGGAAGGAUUCGUCAAGUUCCUCUCGGAUGCCACUACCGAUCGUAUACUUGGCGUUCAUAUCGUUGGUGAUUGUGCUGGCGAGAUGAUCGCCGAAUCAGUCUUGGCGAUUGAAUAUGGUGCCAGUUCCGAAGACAUUGCGCGCACAUGUCAUGCCCAUCCCACACUCUCAGAGGCUGUGAAAGAGGCAGCAAUGGCUACCUAUGGCAAACCAAUACACAUGUAA